UGAGAUAUUUACAACUUACUUACAAAUUUUAAUUCGAAUAAUCAAUUUUUUGUUAAAUAAAACACUAUCGAAUCAUAUUUUCUAGUUAUAAUUCACUAUUGAAGUGCAAUUUUUGCUAAAAUAUUCAAAAAUCUCUAAUAAAUAAACAAAACUAAAUCGGCGAUGUAUUGUAGUGACAACUACGCGAUGAAAUUUGUCGUAAUGGUGCGAUCUGAAUCAUGUUUUCAACGUUGUCACGUAGUGGACAAUAAAUUUAUCAUUUAAAACACGUAUAUGAAUAAUAUCAGUGGAAAAAUAUUUUUUUCUAUUUAUUUUUUAAUUUCAUCCUUUAAUAAUAUCAUAUGUCUUUCAACUAUUAUUUUUUAUAUAAAUCAAUUCAUUUUUUUUUUCAAUUUUCCUUCGAGUAUCAUUCUACUUUAUAAAACUGUUUACAUAAAUAAAACACAUUUAGACAACAGCGCGCGGUGAUGGGUAAUUUAUAGCUGCUCAUCUUGUUAUUGCUUUUGUAUUUUGUACUUCAGUAUGACUGUAUUGCUUGAUCCGCUAUAUUUAAACUUGACAGUCUACAGAUCACUUUUGAUGUUGAGCAUAGAAUCUCGUCACAGAUUUAUGAAGUUCAGCUUAAGUUCUGCAAGUGAUUAGAAGGGAACGAUAAUAUGUGGUUACAAAUAUUAUUUUUCGUGCUACUUCACGGUAAAAUUUCGUGCGAUUGUAUAAAAAAAAUAAACAAAAUAUUUUGUAACGAAACGACGUUUGUAUCCGGCGAUAUUUUUAAUGGAACAUUGGAUAAUAUAAAUUAUAUAGAAAUAAUUAACCGAUCGAGAAAACCUUUAACAAUAACCAAAGAUUCAUUUAAAAAUGGUACAGACUUAAAAACUAUUUUGAUGAAAGAAAAUAAGAUACGUAAGUUAUACGCUUAUACAUUCAGAGAUCUACGAAACUUGGAAUCACUUUAUUUGUACCUUAACGAUAUAAGUGACAUGUAUCCUCCGACUUUUGUUAAUUUGUCUUCAUUAAAAACUAUUUAUUUGAACGAAAAUAAGUUGAGUUUCAUAAGAGAAGGAACGUUUGAGGAUUUACCUAACCUAUCUCAGCUGGAUUUAUCUCAUAACCAAUUAACCGAAUUGGGUGAUAAAGCUUUAAAUAAUUUACCAAAUCUAACGAAACUAAAGUUGAAUAAUAAUAAAAUACGUGCUAUAUUCGUUCAUAAGAUACUCAGCCAUCCCAAGAAAUUGAAAAUACUUUGGUUGCACAAUAACACUUUAACAGUGUUGUCAAACUUCGCGCUAGAAAAUUUGAGUAAUUUAAAAAUUCUCAAUUUGGGAUUCAAUAAUAUUUCGACUAUUGAAGAAGGCACUUUUAAUCAAACGCCUCAAUUGAAUGUAUUAGUUUUGACGCAUAAUAAAUUGAAGGAAAUAAGCGGGAACGAAUUUCCGCGAAGAGGAAUGGACUUUUUGGAAAGACUCUAUAUAGAUCACAAUUAUUUGAUGUAUCUACAAUCGAAGUUCUUCAUUAGAUUGAGUAGUUUGAAAAGUGUAACUCUGAUGGGGAAUCCUUGGUUUUGUCCUUGUUUGGAAGACAUUUACAAGACUUUACGCGACAAUGAUAUAAAAGAAAAAUGCCAGCAGCGAUACAUGACCGGAGAAAGACCUAUUUGUGUUAAUGAUAAUGUCGAAAAUAAAGUGUGUACUUUUCAUUACGAUCCUAUAUUGAGUAGAAAAUAUAUAAAUUAUUUUAUACACUUCCCUAUAGUUAUUCCUAUAAGUGAAUGUUUAAUAUAAAGUGAACAUAUGACGUAGUAUUUUUUAUAUCCACGUGGAAAAUCAAACUUUUUGAGUGAAAAAGAAGAAAAUCUUCCACGAACGGUAAGGAAAAUUAAAAAUAUAAACUUUGUGAGCCGGUAAAAUUAAUUAAAUUACUAAUAUUAAUAGACAUUUUUUAAUUGGAUAUUUUUCAAAAUUCUAUAUAAUGUGUAUUAUUAUUUACCAAUAAAAAUAAAAAAUUCUAAUAUUUACUUUCAAUAAUCUCGAAAGUUAAAUUCAAUUUGGCAACAUGUUGUUAUGUCAUGUUCAUGAACGGACGUAAGCGAGUUCUUACCCGAACUAUGUCUACUCAUUGUUGCCAGACUUUUUUAACAACUUUCCUUGAAUUUCGGAAUAAUAAAUCGUUUCGUUUAAAAUAAUAAUGACGUAUUCUCCAUAUUGAAGAAAAUAUUUUAAUUCUGGCAACACUGUAUUCGUUCAACGCGAAUGGUAACUUUUCAAGGUUAAUAGAGGAUAGGUCGGCCGAUAUAUAACAAUGACAGACGAAAGAAUGUAGCUGUUACGUCAAUUAUUGAAAACGACUCGAAGGAUAAGUAAUGUACUUAAUUUUUUUGUUUUAGAAAUAUGUGACUAAGUUUUCAUUACAGUAGUUUAAUAACCAUAGAAAAGCACUUAUAUGUAUUUUUCUUCUUCGGUCUCUAUCAAAAUACGUACAUUUUUAAAUUUGAAAUUACUUCCGACCGAAGUAGGUCGAAAAAUCAAAUUUCUACCUGUUAUUCUAAACUGAUUUUCAUAGAAAAGAAAACCUAAAUUGAAGGUAAAUCAUCACGAAAAUUUUCAGAAUAUAAUUUACAGCGUUGCCAAGCGUUAUUAUUUAAAUUUUAUUUAUGUCUAAUUUGAAUUAGUAGGUAUCUGAUUUCUGUCGAAUUUAAGAUCACCAAAACAAUAAAAAGUCACUAACAGAAGUAUUUUUGUAUAAAAAUAAGGAAUAAUACGAUGAAAGUCAUUUAUGAUAAUAAAUAUUUUAAAUCCACAUUACUUUCUAUUUAUCACUGAUGUAUAUAUAAAUAAUGACGAGGUCGUCAGAAACAAAAACAUAGAUAAUCUUCAGGUUAUCUUGUACUAAAGAAAGAGAAAAA